GGAGGAACCGUAACCCUCUCUCAGUGUCGUCUCGACACAUCGCUUCUGGAGGAAUCCUCCUCCCGGGUUUCUCUAUGUUUUGUACUCGAUUUUUUGGGAGUAAAAGGUGGUCUUUUUUUGUUUCUAUGGGAACGGAAGACAGUCUGCCACAGCAGCUGAAGGAAAUCGAUGUCUUUUCUUGUAAUUUAUGUGCAUGCGUGGGUGUGUCCGUGUUGUGACUUUGGAGCCAUCGAGUUUUGGCUAAUAUCUUUGGUUUUAUGUUGGCGUCGAUUGUGGUUAAAUAUCGACUUGCAGGAAAUUUGUUAUAUUUUCUCUUUAGUUCUGUUUUCUAGGUUGAAUUUACUUAUGUUCGUGGCUAUUGGCUGGCAAAUCCUUCUUUUCUGGCUUUGUUUUUUUUUUUUUUGCGAUUUACAUGAGAAAAUCUUGCUUUUGCACAACGUGGUUAAAGCUAAGUAGUAGAUUCUAUUCUGAGAUAAUAAAUAGAAAGAUGUGUUUUCUAGUGUUCCUACUUGCAUUUUACUUCUGGAGAAUUUAAUUUUUAGAUGAAUUUGGACUUAGGAGGUUCUGAAUUGGUUACUUUCCGAAAAAAAAGAAAAAGAAGAUUCUGAGGUGGUUAUGCAUUGGCUUAUGGUUGAUUUACCAGAGGUUCAACUGUUAGAUUGACCAACUAGAUGAUCAUUGUGCUGAUUGAGCUCUAAAUUUUUACAGAUUUCCUGUGGACUUCAUCUCACAACCCUAAUAAUCGACAAGCUUAGUGGUUUACUGAACUCCAAGUCUGCAGAUUUGGUUUAUUUAAUGCUAUUAGAACCAUUCUGUUUCUUGUUUUUGUUUAGAGAUCUCAUCUGUAUUCAUGAAACAGUCUCUUUUUGUAUAUUUCUAGCAUAUAGCUUGGUUUUUCUCCCUUAAGUUUUCUAGUCUUAACAGACCUAUUGGAUUGAUAUAUGAUUUGAGUUUCUUCCUUUUCCUCUUAAUGAAUAGUCUUUAUAUACGCAGAUAGCUUGGUGUCUGACUUUAUGAAAUGAGAUUCAGCAAUUGCUAUUCUCAACAAGCGUCAUCCAUAAUCAAUCAAAAAAUCAGUUGAAAAAUGAUUUGAGAUUUAAGCAGGCAGGUGUGGUUCAAGCUCUCCAAAAUGAAACUGAUUUGGGAGUCAAUCAGGCAGGCUUGGAUCAAGCAGCUUCUAGUUUCCCAGAUUCAGAAAUAAAAAGGAUAUCUGGGAGUCUGAUUGCUUGAAUUGGUCUCUGAAAGGUCAGUUAUCUUCAAUGUCAUCAUUGCCUGGAAGUUCUGAUGUUACUUCAGACAAGAGCAAUGAAGCUUUUGUUUAUAAUGGGUCAAAGUCUAUCCCUAUAAAUGAAAUUUCCUUAGUUCUCGGCAGACAAUUGGCCAUCGAGGUAAAAGAUGUGGAGGAAUUAAUACAAGGAGAUGUUGGAAGCCAAGAAAAAGAUUCUUCAGUUGCCCGUCCAGAGUGCCUUACUUCUCACUGUCCUCUACGUGAUGACACAUCAAUCAGCAACAGUUUAUGUGCAUUUCCUAGUACACAUGUGGAUACACCAUGGGAUCUUGAUAGAACAGACAUAUGGGUAUCUUCAUUGGAUCUGGAGAGAGAAGACUCUGAGCUACUAAAGGAUAGAGAAGAAGAGUUUGACAUUUUUAUUUCUGAUUUUCCCAGCCCUUCUUUGGGUGCAAUGGGACAUCUGCAAAUUUGGUCUUUGGGUUCUAGAUCUCUAAUUUCUGGUGGUCAAGAAGAAAAAUUCAAAAACACUACUACGGAUUCAGAUGAACCUCUUUAUUGGCCAUUUAACCACAGCUUGUACAAUGGUCUGGAUUUUGAGAAAUUUUUAUGCCCAUCACCUUGUAAGGAUGCAAGGAACAUUGGCAUUGCAGGAUUUCCUGGUUCAAAAUUAACCAGGUUGAGACUCCAUCAGAACAGACUACAAGUUGACAGGAAGGACAGUCAAAGAAUUGGAAGAAGGAUUACAAUUAGUCCGAAACCAAAGGCUGUUACCGCUGAACAUGAAACAAGAGAUGCGGGCAACGGUGCUCAGAGGUCGGCUCUGAUGUCAUCAAGGUUGAGCAGAUCAUUCAAAACUCCUUCCUAUCAGCAUCCAUGGAAUAUCUCCAAGAGAAGAGGAAGGCCUCAGUUAAAGAUAAGUGUCGGGAAAUAUGGUGGUAGCAGCACUGAGUUGUUGAAUCAACCUCUGAAGGAACUUGAAUUACAUGAUUCAGUCUUUGAAGGGAAUUCAAUUGAAAAAAUUGUUGGCCUGAAUGAAUUUGAUGGCCAUGAAGGCAUCAAUGUGGAUUGCGAGGAACAGUUUAUUCUUCAAUCAUCUCCUUAUAGGGGAUUAAUUCCUUUGAAAACCAUCGAGUGUGUCAGAGGACAGUGUUGAUUACAAGGGUGCAACUUUUAGGUUCUGAGCCGUGUAAGAUCGACCUUAUUCUAGAUGGUGUUUUCAUUAAGCAUGUUGAAGUUUGUGAAAACUGCAUUAAAUAACAGAUGUAUUGGUCUCCUUCACACGAUUCUAUGAAGCAUUCUGGAUAGCAACAGCCGUUCUAGUUUAUUUUGCUUCAGUACAUCACUGAAAUUUGGAGCAACACAGUGGUGCAUUGAAUGUGUCGGUGAUUGAUCACACAAGAACAGCAUUUGAGGUGAUUACUCAUCAUUUUAAGUAAUAGUUAAACAAAAGAACGGCAGUAGUCAAACUCUCAGUUAGUAAAGUCAAAAGGCAACUUUCCUGUCUGUAGCGAAGGAGUGGUGCAUUAAUUAGUUAUUAUUACAUUCAUAAGUCCACAGUCUAAUAGUGUAAUCUGCUUCCCAUGUCUCUUACCACCAUUGAGCAUGAGUUUGAUGCUUGUUUUGAAAGAAAAGCAUCAUCUGAAACAAUAGUGAUUUCUAAGUCGAUAUGGCUUUUCUCAGAUGAGCAGUGUCUAUGUGGCCCUGUUGUGCUCUAGUGAGGUGUGCAAGUCUCUCGACCGGCAUCGUAGAUGUAUUUUACAAACAUUUUAAUCUCUGGAGUUAUACAUUACUUUAUAUGAA